UAUCUCGACACGACGAUUAGAAGCGCCGUAAACACGAUGGCUCAAGAAGCCUCCUCGCGGGAGCUGCCGUUCGACGCGCCGGGCAAGAUGGACUCUGCGAGAAGCUGGCUGGUGGCGGGUGCCUGCUGCUGGAUCAACGUGUUCUCCUGCGCCAUGGUCGUCUCGUCAGGCAUUCUGUACGUCAACAUUCUCCAGACGCUCGACGUGACCAGAGAACAGGCGUCCUGGCCCGUCAGCCUCAUGACGAACGUCUAUAUGGUGGCAGGUUUGGUCGCAAGUGUCGCCUCCAGACACUUCAGCAUCCGGUCACUUUUCCUGGCAGCCUGCCUCCUGGGCUCCUUAGCCAUCGGAGCCUGCUAUUUCGCUUCAAAAAUCUGGCACUUCGUUGUAUUCUUUGGCAUCAUGUACGGAACGAGCCUUGGCUUUCUUAGGCUUACCUCCGUGGCCGUCAAUCAACAUUUCCACAGUUACAAGGCCGCAGCAUCGGGCAUCAACGUUGCUGGAUUCUCAAUCGCAGGUCUCAUAUUCCCCCCGUUAGCGCAACUUAUCUUCGACACCUAUGGAUUCAGAGGAGCCUUCCUCAUGUAUGCCGCCAUCAUGCUCCACUCAACGCCGGCAGCUCUACUCCAGCGACCGCCAGCGCAGCGCUCGUCAAUGACCGGUUCGAAGAUCCAAAGACUACGCACAAGAAACACAUCAGCUACAUUACUCGACGCCCGUGGGAACCACAACGUACCAUUCCGAGAUAAUUCCGAAUUGACUAAUCGACGAAGGCAGGCAUUGCCAAUAGAAACCUUCAACGCCAAACAGGAUAGCCUAAAUAGCAACUCCUCAUGUAACGAAUUUUCAGAGGAUAUAGCUGCAGAAGAAAAGAUGCUCGGUAUUACGUGCUCAAAUGAGAAUCUCUCAUCACUGUAUAUCAAAGACGAACUUGCCAACGAACCGAAACAGGAGCCUGCUCAGUGUGCAAACGGUUCCACGUCGCACAAAACGGAACACAGUUCAAGCAGCGACCCCUUACUCAUCUUCAUGGCGAGGCCCAAGUUCUACCUCGUCACCCUGACACACCUCGCAGCCUUCGCCAACAUGACCACCUACAUAAGCGUCGUGGUCGACUUUGCCGAAGAUCGCGGCAUAGCCAAGUGGGACGCCAUCAGCAUCAUCUCAUCUUUCACGGUGACAGACUUGGUGGCGAGGCUGUGUUCAGGAUUGAUCACGGACCGAAAGCACGUUUCCAGAAGCACUUGGGUUUCCUUUAACUUUGGCCUCUGGGCCCUGACUCUGGUGCUCAUGCCCGCUUGCAGCUCCCACCCUGGUCAGAUGGUAUUUGCUGCGGUGUACGGUUGGACUACGGGCUGCGUGCUGACCCUCGUGCCUGUUCUGUACGCGGAGGUGGCAAAUCUGGACCAAUUUGCUGUCUGCUUCGGAACGGGAUCGUGCAUCGUCGGCGCGAUCACAAUGUUGAGGCCUGUGAUAAUAGGAUUUUUCAGGGACACCCAAGGAGACUACGAGGGACUUUUCUACCUUCUCGGUGGAUUCACGGGAACCAUGUCCGUGCUCUGGGGAUGCGUCACACUGCGAGCCAGUCGGCGCACGCCCUCCGCUCCCACAGUGUGACUGAAACACGCUUCUUUGUUAACUCGUGAAAAAAAAAAAGAAAAAAAAAGAGAAUUUUAGAGAUAAUAAAAUAAUAAUAAAGGAAGACGGGAAACUACCCGGUUUUUUGUGAGCCAA